UCCCUGCCUCUCCCCCCUCUCCACCAUCAAUGUCUGAGCAGCAUUCUGGGUCCGGAAUGUCAACAUGGCUGCGGACAUUGGUGAGGUGCUGGUCCCCUACAUGCCAACUAUCAGGGUGCCCAGAUCAGGCGACCGGGUCUACAAGAGCGAGUGCGUCUUCUCCUUUGACUCGCCCGAAUCAGAAGGUGGUCUCUACGUGUGCAUGAGUACGUUUCUUGGCUUUGGAAGGGAACAUGUGGAGAGACAUUACCGUAAGACGGGACAAUGUGUUUACAUGCACCUGAAACGAACCAUCAAAGAGAAGGCCACGGGAGCUUCAGGUGGAGUGGUGCCCAGGCGGAGAUCUCCUCGCGUUAUUUUUGACCUCGAGCAGAACAAGGACUUUAACCACGAGGAUUAUGAGUAUGAAGAUGAAGCCAAGCUUGUUAUAUUUCCUGACCACUUUGAAAUCGCACUGCCGAACAUUGAGGAGCUGCCGGCGUUGGUGACCAUCGCCUGCGAUGCGGUCCUGACCGCGCCGUCUCCGUACGGAAAACAAGAUACCGAAUCCUGGGAAGAGGAGCUGAAGCAUUCGAAACACGAGGACAACCUCCACCAGCUGGACAACGGAGUGCGUAUCCCACCCAGUGGGUGGAAGUGUGCCUGGUGUGACCUGCGGGACAAUCUGUGGCUCAACUUGACGGAUGGCACCGUGCUCUGUGGCAAGUGGUUCUUCGACGGCAGCGGAGGGAACGGACAUGCCCUGGAACAUUACCGCAAGAAGAAAUACCCCUUGGCCGUCAAACUGGGAACUAUCACACCAGACGGCGCAGACGUGUACUCAUUCGAUGAGGAGGGAGCAGUGCUCGAUGCAAACAUCGCCGAACACUUGAUGCACUUUGGUAUCGACAUGUUGAAGAUGCAGACGACUGAGAACGUGAGUGCGGUGAUGGACAUGAAGCCACGAGUGAGUGAGUGGGAGAUGGUGCAGGAGUCGGGGACAAAGUUGAAGGCCAUCUACGGGUCGGGCUACACCGGCAUCAGGAACCUGGGCAACAGCUGCUUCCUCAGCUCCGUCCUGCAAGUCAUCUUCAGCAUCCCUGACUUCCAGCGAAGGUAUGUGGGAAAUCUCCAAAGAAUAUUUGAUUACUCUCCUCUGGACCCAACUCAAGACUUCGAUACACAGAUGGCCAAGUUGGGACAUGCCCUGCUCUCUGGUCAAUACUCCAGACCGCCAAUGAAGUCGGAUGUAAUUGAACAGGUGAUGAAAGAAGAAAACAAGUCCCAGCAGCAGGGGAUGGUGCCCAGAAUGUUUAAAGCGUUGGUCGGAAAAGGACAUCCAGAGUUUUCAUCGAAUCGACAGCAAGAUGCGCUAGAAUUCUUUCUGCAUUUAAUUGGCCUUGUCGACAGAAACAGCAGUGGUACGGACGAUCCCAGUGAGGUCUUUCGCUUUAUGGUGGAGGAGCGGGUGCAGUGUUGCCAGUCGAGGAUGGUGAAAUACAAGCAGAGAGUGGACUAUAUCAUGCAACUGCCCGCCCUGCUGGAGGCUGCCAGCAACAAAGAGGAACUAAUUGCGUAUGAGUUACGGAGGCGAGAAGCGGAGAUAGUGAAGCGGCCUUUACGCGAGGUUGUCCGAGCCAGAAUCCCCUACAGUGGUUGCCUUCAAGCCUAUCAGGAGCCAGAAAACGUGGCGGACUUCUGGAGCAGCGCACUGCAGGCAAAGUCGGCGGCAAUAAAGACUAUUCGUUUUGCUUCAUUUCCUGAAUAUCUGGUGAUUCAAAUAAAGAAAUUCACCUUCGGUAUUGACUGGGUGCCAAAGAAAUUAGAUGUUUCCAUAGACAUGCCGGACCUGCUGGAUAUCUGCCAUCUCCGAGCCACGGGGUUACAGCCCGGAGAGGAAGAGCUGCCGGAUAUUUCCCCGCCCAUCGUCAUCACCAACCAGGGUAAAGGUCAUCUACUGAACCACUUCAUGGAAUCUCCAGACAUUGAUGAGUCGGCAGUGAUGCAGCUGGCAGAGAUGGGGUUCCCCCUGGAAGCGUGCCGGAAAGCGGUCUACUACACUGGGAAUCUGGGAGCAGAGCUGGCCUUCAACUGGAUCAUAGCACACAUGGAAGAGCCCGACUUUGCGGAGCCACUAACAUUGCCAAGAAGCGGCGAGGUCGGGGGUUUGGAUGUGGGCCAGUGUGAGGUGGGUCUGUCCGGAGGAGCCGCAUCCACGAGGAACCAGCCCCCGGAGGAGAUCGUGGCCAUCAUCACCUCCAUGGGCUUCCACAGGAAGCAGGCCAUCCACGCUCUGAAAGCAACCAACAACAACCUGGAGCGAGCUCUGGACUGGAUCUUCAGCCGCACGGACAGCGAGGACGAGAGCGAGGCAGCGUCGGAGGACGACUCACAGUCACACAUCGCCGCGGAGACGGACACGGAGCCGGCCAGGCCCAGGGUACGGGACGGUGCGGGAAGAUAUGAGUUAUUUGCUUUCAUCAGCCACAUGGGAGAGUCCACCAUGUCUGGUCAUUACGUCUGCCACAUUAAAAAGGAGGGAAGGUGGGUGAUCUACAACGAUCAUAAGGUCCACACGUCAGAAAAGCCACCAAAAGAUCUUGGCUACAUUUACUUCUACCAGCAGCUGUCCUAUUGAGAGACCCGUCUGAAAAACCAGCGCCAUCCCUCGUUCCCGAAGAGCAAAGAUCCCACAAACUGUGGAAGGACGGAGGGAGAACAGUGGAUCCUGUCGUCACUGUGCAAAUACCUUAAGGGCCUGUCCCACCUGCCGAUUUUUUUCGGCGACUGCCGGCGUCAUAUCAGUGUCGCCAAAAGGUUUUGAACAUUUCAAAAUCCAGUGGCGACAAAAAAAAUGUUGCGACACUUGAAAAAACCCCGCCCGUCAGUACGCCAUCACGCCGCGUCACCAGCACGUCACACCGCGUCACGCCAGUGAUUUUUCGGUGACCAGAUACGCCAGUCAAUGAUGCCGGCAGUCGCCGAAAAAAAUUGCCAAGACGGACAGGCCCUUUAUUUAUAGAAAACUCAAAUGCAAUAUGUUUGUUAUGAAAUAGGAAUUUUAUUUAUCGUUUAAUAUAUUGUUUUACUUUGGAAAAAACUGCAACUGCAGAAGCUGGUGACAUGUGCUGUCAGUUUGCUUUGAAACUGUUUAUGAAGUAUGAAAACAUCAUCAUUUCUUUUUCAUCACCCUCAUCCUCCCCACGUCGCAGUCCAAUUGUCUGACCUAUUGUUCAGUUUUGAUGAGCGGACGUUUCAUUAUGGAAUGAGACCGCUCUCAGGAACCCUUGUGUUUUCCCGUUUUCUCUCCCUCCUUCCAAGUCGCUUUUAACAAGAGGGAAGGCCAUCGUAUUUGGCUCCAAUAAGAUAUCUCAGGGACGAUGAUGUGCCUUUGAGUCACUGGUCAGUUUAUGAGCUUGAACAAUCCAUGCCUCAUAGUAAUGAUAGACAAUAGUUGCAGGAGGAGGCCAUUUGGCCCUUCGAGCCAGCACCACCAUUCAAUGUGAUCAUGGCUGAUCAUCCCCAAUCAGUACCCCAUUCCUGCCUUCUCCCCAUAUCCCCUGACUCCGCUAUCUUUAAGAGCCCUAUCUAGCUCUCUCUUGAAAGUAUCCAGAGAACCGACCUCCACCGCCCUCUGAGGCAGAGAAUUCCACAGACUCACCGCUCUCUGUGUGAAAAAGUGUUUCCUCACCUCCGUUCUAAAUGGCUUACCCCUUAUUCUUAAACCCUGGUUCUGGACUCCCCCAACAUCGGGAGCAUUCCUGUCUUUAGCGUGUCUGAACCCUUUAUAAUCUUAUAUGUUUCAAUAAGAUAUCCUCUCAUCCUUGUAAAUUCCAGAGUAUACAAGCCCAGCUGCUCCAUUAUCUCAGCAUAUGGCAGUCCUGCCAUCCCGGGAAUUAACCUUGUAAACCUACGCUGCACUCCCUCAAUAACAAGAAUGUCCUUCCUCAAAUUAGGGGACCAAAACUGCACACAAUACUCCAGGUGUGGUCUCACUAGGGCCCUGUACAACUGCAGAAGGACCUCUUUGCUCCUCUUGUUAUGAAGGGCCAACAUGCCAUUCAGUUUCUUCACUGUCUGCUGUACCUGCAUGCUUACUUUCAUAGACAGAUGAACAAGGACCCCCCGAUCCCGUUGUACUUCCCCUUUUCCCAACUUGACGCCAUUUAGAUAAUAAUCUGCCUUCCUGUUUUUGCCACCAAAGUGGAUAACCUCAUAUUUAUCACUUCCAGUGUUAAACGUAAGACUCAUGGUAUUUGGGCAUUCUGGACCCUUGCACCAUCUCACUUGGUCAUUCUUCAUGUAUGUUUUAGAUCUUAGCGUGACUAGGUUCAUGCAUCUUGUAUAGCCCGUAGCCCAACAAUAUGAACAUUGUAUUCUCCAAUUGUUGGUAACCUGAGCCUCACCUCCCCCCAACUCCCCGCCCAUUCCACCUACAUAUCUUCCUCAAUUGGCAUCUUUUCAAACCUCUUGUCUCGCACCUUCUGUUUUUUUUCCAUCUCUGGCCUUUGUCCAACCAUCUACCUAUUCCUGCCCCACUUAGUCUGCCUCUCCUCUCUUCCAGCUCUCUUUCCACCCUCCCACCCCAAUUAAUCUACAGAGGAGUCCCGUUCCGAAAUGUCACCGAUCCACGUUCUCCACUGAUGCUGCCUGACCCGCUGAGUUACUCCAGCACUCUGUGAAACGUCACCUAUCCAUGUUCUCCACAAAUACUGCCUGACCCGCUGAGUUACUCCAGCACUCUGUGAAACGUCACCGAUCCACGUUCUCCACUGAUGCUGCCUGAGCCGCUGAGUUACUCCAGCACUUUGCACCUUUUUUUGGCGAACCUGCAUCUGCAGUUCCUUGUGUCUACUCAGUAAGAAGCCUAACCAGAUAAUAAGUCUCCUGUUUCCACUCUGCCAUUCCUUUGUCAGCCUUUCAUUGCUUCUCUCACGUACACACAAUCGGUCUGUUCACGAACAUAAAUAGCCGUGUUUAGAACUUGUCACAAAGGGAUCAGGCAAGAGUGACCAGGUGACAGGUCUGCAUUCUUCUGCGCUCACCAGCCGCGCAGCACGGAGGCGCAGCUGGUAGAGCCGCCGCCUCACAGCGCCAGAGACCAGGGUUCGAUUCUGACCUCGGGUGCUGUCUGUGAGUGGAGUUUGCACGUUCGCCCUGUGACCUGCGUGGGUUUCCUCCGGGUGCUCUGGUUUCCCUCCCACAUCCAUGAGAUGUGCGGGUUUGUAGGUUAAUUGGCCCUCUGUAAAUUAUCCCUAGUGUGUAGGUUAGAACUAAUGUACGGGGUGAUCGCUGGUCGGUGCAGACUCGGUGGGCCGAAGGGCCUGCUUCCAUACUGUGUCUCUCAACUAAAAUUAAUCUACAAAAUAAAAACAUCUAGUUAUAUUUUUUACAAAGCAAAUCAUUGCCAGGAUCUGUAAUUAAUAUCCUUUGAAAAUGUCGGGGAUUAAGAACUCUUAUAGUUUUACCCCUUUUUGGCAAUGGGAAUAUUCAGCCUGAAAUUGCUCUCAACAAAGACUCUCCACAAAGUAGCCUUUUCCUUUCUAAAUCCUUUUCCUAAUUGAUGCAGUGCACAACUCUGCAGUUUUUUUGAUGUUUAAGAAAGAACUGCAGAUGCUGGAAAAAUCGAAGGUAGACAAAAAUGCUGGCGAAACUCAGCCGGUGAGGCAGCAUCUUUGGAGAGAAGGAAAUAGGUGACGUUUCGGGUCGAGAUUCGGCUGAGUUUCUCAUGUUUUUUUAAUGUGAUCACUGAAGCUGACUUUGGUUCCUCAUUGUGUCGGAAGGAACUGCAGACGCUGCUUUGCACCGAAGAUAGACACAAAACGCUGGAGUAACUCAGCGGGACAGGCAGCAUCUCUGGUGAGAAGGAAUGGGUGACGUUUCUGGACUGAGGAAGGACCUCGACCCGAAACAUCACCGGUUCUCCUUUUCUCCAGAGACGCUGCCCGACCCGUUGAGUUUACUCCAGCAUUUUGUGUCUAUCUCUGGUUCCUCAAUGAUUUUACGCACUCGUAGGUGGAUGAAAAUGCUGGAGAAACUCAGCGGGUGAGGCAGCUCCUCUGGAGCGAAGGAAUAGGCAACGUUUCAGGUCGAGACCCUUACGUACGUAAUUUUAAAGUAGUGUCCAUUAAAGUGUUGCCGUUUUCCAUCACUGUUUCACCGUGAGCAUCAAUACAUUUUUUUUAGAGGUAACUUCUUUGUCAGAGUGGAGCAGAGAAUCUUUGGAUGGGUUGUGUCAUGUCAAGUACGGCAUUAUUUCUUGCAGAAGUUACUGCCAUCAGUAUUAAUGUAACUGGAUAAAUGUUGAAGACAACCUUCUUUACUGCAGUUACUGCACUCAAGUAAUAAAAAAUGUAGUGGAAACUU